AUGCACAUGAAGUUGGGGACAACCCUGAAGAUCAAGGGCAAAGUAGCCACUAAUGCCAAAUGGAUGGAGAUUAAUCUGGGCCAAAGUGCUGACAAACUGAAUCUGCAUUUCAACCUUGGCUUCCCGGAUUCCGUCAUCGUCUGCAACUCUAAGAAUGGUGGCUGGGGAGAGGAGCAACGAAUCUCUUGCUCUGCCCAUUGGGUGAAGGUCACCGUGAGUUCAAAGAACAAGGAGCCUUGGAUAGAUGCCAACUUUGAGAUCACCUAUGAGAAGCAGCAGUUUACGGUGAAGCUGCCAGAUAGAUACGAGGUGACCUUCCCCAACAGGCUGGGCUGCGACCCCCUGCGCUACCUGAGCACGAAGGGAAACUUCAGGGUCUCUUCUGUGACGUUUGACUGA